AAAGCAGUGGCCCGAGCCUGCGGGUCAGUCAGCAGCAGCAGUGAGCGGCGGAGACCCGAGCAUCUCUAGCGAACUGCUGCGCCUUUACGCACGGAACAGUCUGCACGGAUCUUUACUCCGUGAGUCCUCAGUACUGCAUGGACUAAAAACUCCAGAAGAGAAGGUAUCUGCUGGGAUUGAACACGUUUCUAUUGACUCCGUUACCAUUUGGAUCUGCGACUGAAAGUGGGAUCUCUUUUUCACGCAUUUAAAUCGACUUGUUCGAGGACACGAAGUGUCCGAGUGUGUUUGCGCAGAAACAGGAGGAGGAGGAGGAGGCGUUGACAAAAGGCGUUUAAACGCAGGGGAUUAAUGUUGCACAGAGGUGCCGACACAGAGACAGGCUGAGAACAGAGUCUGGGAUUUUUGUGUAUUUUGGAAGUUUGGGAUUUAAACCGAUUGCCAAAGUUUGCCAUGAGGAAGACGAAUUUAAAAAUCUUAACUAAAAGAACCAAGAGUAAGGACGAGGAUAAUGUUUCAGCCCUCUGUCGCAGCUUGUAAAAGGAAGAUCUGUGUGCACUGUAAGUGUCGUCGUGAGGAGCAUGCAGUGUCAGCCAUGCCUGUAGAAAUGGAAAAGACUGUCACCAAGCUGAUGUACGACUUCCAGAGAAACUCCACCUCCGAUGAUGACUCCGGCUGCGCCCUGGAAGAGUAUGCCUGGGUACCACCGGGUCUCAAACCCGAACAGGUUCAUCAGUACUACAGCUCCUUGCCUGAGGACAAGGUGCCCUACGUGAACAGCCCAGGAGAGAAGUACCGCAUCAAGCAGCUGCUCCAUCAGCUGCCACCCCAUGACAAUGAGGUGCGCUACUGUAACAGUCUGGACGAUGAAGAGAAGCGAGAGCUGAAGCUUUUUAGUAACCAGCGCAAACGAGAGAACUUGGGCCGUGGCAACGUCCGCCCCUUCCCUGUCACCAUGACGGGGGCGAUCUGCGAACAGUGUGGAGGCCAGAUAAACGGCGGCGACAUUGCUGUGUUUGCAUCACGGGCAGGCCACAACGUGUGUUGGCACCCAGCCUGCUUUGUGUGCAGCAUGUGCAAGGAGCUCCUGGUGGACCUCAUCUACUUCUACCAGGACAGCAAGAUCUAUUGUGGGCGCCAUCAUGCUGAGAGGCUGAAGCCACGAUGCACCGCCUGUGAUGAGAUCAUCUUCGCCGAUGAGUGCACCGAGGCAGAGGGGCGCCACUGGCACAUGAAGCACUUCUGCUGCUUUGAGUGUGAAACUGUGCUGGGGGGUCAGCGCUACAUCAUGAAGGAGGGACGACCCUACUGCUGCUCCUGCUUCGAGUCUCUCUAUGCUGAAUACUGUGAUUCCUGUGGGGAACAUAUUGGCAUCGAUCAAGGCCAGAUGACGUAUGACGGGCAGCACUGGCAUGCCACUGAAGGCUGCUUCUGCUGCGCCCGCUGUAAAUGCUCCCUGCUCGGCCGACCUUUUCUGCCAAAGCAGGGCCAGAUUUUCUGCUCACGCUCCUGCAGUCUGGGGGAGGAGCCUAAUGGCUCUGACUCCUCUGACUCUGCUUUCCAAAGCGCUCGCUCCACACGAGAGUCCCGCCGCAGCUUCAAGAUAGGUAAGGGUGGUGAAAGUGGUGUUGUGUUGGGACAGAGAUUCUCUGGUGAGGUGGACCCUCUCUCUGUACAAAUGGAUCUUUUGAGCCUCUCCAGCCAAACGCCCAGUUUGACUCGCGAGCCGCCAGCUUGGCAGAAUCAAGAGCAAGAAGGCGACCGAUAUAGUUAUCAUGCACAAUCAGAGCUGCCCUUGAACCCCACCCCUCUUCAGCUCCUCAGCCAGUGCAAUGUCAGGACUACAUAUUCCUCCACCUGCUCAGUGAAGAAUAAUCAACAGCAGGAUCAUAGGAUCCUGGACAAUGCGUGCCUAAAUAGACCCCCCAUCUCAGCUAUCAAGAACCAGUCUCUGAACGAGACGUGGUUCCAGCAGACAACUCCAGCGGAGUUCUACCCUCCCAAACUGAGGACCCAAAAGAGCUUCACUGAGGUUUCUCACUGCUCCCAGUACCAUAACGGCUUUACUGCCGACAAGCGCUCAAUCAGUUUGCAUGGCUUCCAGACGGACAGAGGUGCAGGGAUGCCAGCAGCAAACCAAGUGGCCAGAAACAGAAACCCCAUCAAUGCACUUAGCUUCCCAGAGCAACUGACCCCUCUGGAGCAAACCCCAAGAGGGUCCAUGGAGUCAUUGGCCCUGUCCAAUGGUGUUGGAAACUCAUCAGAUGGAAGAGGAAAACGUCCGGAACAUCUUUCUCGCUUCUCCAUGCCUGAUUUGAGCAAGGACUCAGGAAUGACUGCGUUAGAGAAAACCAACCAGGACAUUAUAAACUCUUCGGUUCAAUUUCGUAACUCUGACUCUGUGCACAGCCUCACUGCAAGUCAACCAUACAUGGAAAUGGAUCAACCCAGGUCCUCUCAGUAUAAGGUGCAGUAUAGUAAUGCUCCCAGUACAGGUGGAGGUAGAGGUAAGACUCAUUUACCAUCUGGCUUCACCUACCAGGAAGAUGAUAGAGUUAGUUUGGUUAGCAGCGCCAAUGCUGCUCGAUUGCCGCCCAUCAGUGAACGCAUGGUUAGUGGCGUUGGCAAUGGCAGAGGAACAAGUGGUCAAAUGGAGGCCCCAGAGGACACUCCUCAGAGGCGCCGGCACCACCAUCACAACCGUUCGCGGAGGUCUCGCCGCUCUCGCUCAGAGAACGCUCUGAAUUUGGUAGCACAACGGCGGUUCCGACCUCAAGAAAGGCCACACUCACAUGUCCGAGAGGAUUACGACCGAUUCCCACCACCAAGAAGCACCAGGGACCAUUUUGGUGUAGGUGGAGUCGGGAGUCAGUAUCAACCCCAACUCUUUAGAAAAUGUCCAAGGACAACUUCAGACUUGUCGCUCCAGAACCCUGGUGCUAGCCGGCGCACUGGUUUGAACCAGUAUUGCUGGGAUGAUUAUGAUGAUGACUGGUGCUCCACCUGCUCUUCAUCGUCAGAAUCAGAGGAUGAAGGGUACUUUCUGGGUGAGCCAAUCCCCAGACCUGUCCACAUGCGCUACCUCAGCAAUCAGGACCUUGUACAAAAAUUCAACACAGGAAUGGGAGGGGCCAGCCGUAGUGGGCAGUUGUACACGCAGAAACGCAGAAAGAGCAAGAACUGUAUCAUAUCCUAACAGUCUGGACCUGACACUCAACAAGUUCAAAAUGUGCUUAUUUCAAUGUUGUUACAUGUUGAGUAUCAUGUAUUUGAACGUUGGUGAUGAAUAGCAGUUGGUAAACCGUGAGUAACCAAACAGUGUUUGCGUGUUGGUUAAAUUAAAUAUCUCUGCCAAUUUGUUGGUUUUACUUUACACUACAUGGACUUCAGCUUAGUGCUUUUUGCAGUCAGCAGUCUUUGAGAUACAAAAAGAAACAGAAUUUGAAAGACAGACUAAAGGAAAAGAAUGAAACAUCAUUUGCUUCUUUUUGAAGGUUUAACAAAGAGAGUUACUGAGAGUGCACUCUUAUAGUAGAGCAAUCGUACCACACCCAAACACAUUUGCCCCCUACAGUCCGGAUUCUAUGGCUAGUGUGAGCACUUCCCUUCUAUGGCACAGUUGGAAGUGGUGGGCCGAAGCACGGAACACUUGGUAACACAUGCGCAAAAGCACGGUUUCGUACAUUUCCUGCUGCCACCACAAAUAUCUUUGUAUGCGUACAGCACGAUUGACUGAAAAUUGCCACUUCGCACAGUCUUUAAUUCAAAACAUUGACGAGGGCUGACUAUUUUAAAGAUGCUUCACGACGAUGUGUGUGUGUACGUAUAUGUCAGAGCUACUGGGCUUCAGCUCGCUUGCUUUAGGGCAGGGGAAACAUUUGGCCUUCAGUGCGUUCCGGAAUAACUGGUCCCAGUGUGAGUGCACCCUGAGGGGCCACACGGUCCGGUUCUUAUGUACAGUCUAAUGUUUUAACUCUUGGGAGUCAGUCAUUUAUUGACCUCAGCUAAAACCAGAGGAGCUACACAACACUGGUCCAUCCCCCUAACAUUUUUCAGGCCAUUAUUCCUUGUGUCGCUUAUCACGUGUGUUUUUGUGAAAACAUUCAUCUCUGCUGCUCCUGCUCUGACACUGUUCACACUCCAUAGUUGCCAGUGCUUCUUGUAGUGUGGAUUUGUUAUUGUCUCAUGCAUUUAAAUUAAACCGCAACGUUCAACAGAGCUUAGUGUGCAUUUUUCACCCUGACUUCAGUUUCACUGAUAAAUGUGGAAGGAUUUGGAACAAAUAGACAAAGCACAUACUGUUCUGUUCAGUUCAUAGUGUGUACAUAGACAAAUGAAUUAAUAAUAACAUUUUAAGUUAAGGAAGUCUGUGUAAAUAUGGAUGUAAAUGAGGCCUCUCAUAUUUUUAUAUUUUGUAUGAAUAGAAUCCUGUAUGUAUUAAAUAACUAAUGUAGAAAUAGACAAAAAAAAAACAUGCAUGUUUUACUGACUGACUUGAUCCUUUGAAUUAAAGGAAUAUUUCAGUGA